UCGAACGCGAUGCGACUACGAUCGACAUCGGAACUACCUGCGAUCCGGUGCGGAAGUGGCCCUUUUUAAUCGCCUCUGCCCGGAAGGAGGGAGAGCAAGUAGUCGCCGCCGAUUCCUUCGCUUCGCUUCUUUGAGAUCCCCAAUCCUCGUCGUUAACUCUCUCUUUCUGAUCCCCCCUUCGCCAGUAGCGGAUCUCGGUUCGCGAUGGCGGAGAGGACCGAGAUCUCGUUCGCCGGCAGACUGGCCAGCAGCGCCAUUGCCGCCUGCGUCGCCGAGAUUUCCACGCUUCCUUUGGAUACUGCAAAAGUCAGGCUUCAACUACAGAAGAAAGCAUCAUCAGGGGAUGCAAUGAGUACUUCUAGAUAUAGGGGAAUGUUAGGGACUGUAAUAACAAUACUUAGUGAGGAAGGUUUAGUAGCAUUAUGGAAAGGCCUGGUGCCCGGGCUUCAUCGUCAAUGCAUUUUCGGUGGGUUGAGGAUUGGGUUGUAUGAACCUGUGAAAGCCUUUUAUGUUGGUGAUAGUUUUGUUGGAGAUAUUCCUUUGUUCAAGAAAAUUCUUGCUGGUCUUACAACUGGUGCUCUGGGAAUCACCAUUGCAAAUCCAACUGAUCUUGUAAAAGUACGCCUCCAAGUCGAAGGGAAACUUCCACCUGGUGUACCAAGGCGUUAUUUAGGAGCAUUGGAUGCUUAUGUCAAAAUAAUCAAACAGGAAGGACUUGGGGCUCUGUGGACUGGUGUUGGUCCUAAUAUUGUACGAAAUGCUAUUGUUAAUGCUGCUGAAUUAGCCAGCUAUGAUCAAAUAAAACAGAUGAUCUUGAGAAUCCCUGGAUUUUCAGAUGACAUUUUCACCCAUCUUUUAGCUGGUUUGGCUGCUGGGUUUUUUGCUGUUUGUGUUGGUUCUCCUGUUGACGUGGUCAAGUCGAGAAUGAUGGGGGAUCCAUCCUAUAAAAACACACUCGAUUGCUUCAUCAAGACACUUAAAAAUGAAGGACCUCUAGCUUUUUAUAAAGGAUUCAUUCCAAAUUUUGCCCGGCUUGGAUCCUGGAAUGUGAUAAUGUUCUUGACACUGGAGCAGGUAUCAAAGGUUUUUGUAAGCCAAGUGCCCUUUUGAUGUUGCAAGAAAGGACACCUCAUUAUCUCUUAAUUGCUCACCUUUCGGAUUCUACACUGGAAAUUGAGGAAUACUUAGUGGCAGAUGUGAUUGUUAGUGAAAAACCUGCUAUACAAAUAUAUUCAUUGUUCGUGUUAAUUUAUUGCCACAUUUAUCUCCUUUUAUUUCCUGAAAUCGUUGAACUCUAUUAUUUCAGUGUGUAAUAAUUAGAAAUUUGCCGAUAAUAUAACAUUUUGUAUUAGAUAAGUUAAAAAUAA